CGGGCUGCGCGGGCCGCCGGGGGCCCCAGGCUGAGAGGGGCCCGGCGCGGCGCCCCCGCCGCCCGCGCGGGGGCUCCCCCAUGGUGCAGCGGGCUUCGGGAUGUCGAAGACGCUGAAGAAGAAGAAGCACUGGCUCAGCAAGGUGCAGGAGUGCGCGGUGUCCUGGGCCGGGCCCCCGGGCGACUUGGGCGCCGAGAUCCGGGGCGGCGCGGAGCGCGGUGAGUUCCCCUACCUGGGGCGGCUCCGCGACGAGCCCGGCGGGGGCACCUGCUGCGUCGUCUCGGGCAAGGCGCCCAGCCCGGGGGAUGUGCUGCUGGAGGUGAACGGGACGCCUGUCAGCGGGCUCACCAACCGGGACACACUGGCUGUCAUCCGCCACUUCCGCGAGCCCAUCCGUCUCAAGACUGUGAAGCCAGGCAAAGUCAUUAAUAAAGAUUUGCGACAUUACCUGAGUCUUCAGUUUCAGAAAGGAUCAAUUGACCACAAACUACAGCAAGUCAUCAGAGAUAAUCUCUACUUGAGAACCAUUCCAUGCACUACAAGGGCCCCCAGGGAUGGGGAAGUACCAGGGGUGGACUAUAAUUUCAUUUCUGUUGAACAGUUCAAAGCACUGGAAGAGAGUGGAGCAUUAUUAGAAAGUGGAACGUAUGAUGUUUCAGCUGCUGUUAUUUCGUUCACUUCAGGAAACUUCUAUGGAACCCCCAAGCCUCCAGCAGAACCCAGCCCUUUCCAGCCAGAUCCGGUUGAUCAGGUCCUUUUUGAUAAUGAGUUUGACACAGAAUCCCAAAGGAAACGAACUACAUCUGUCAGCAAGAUGGAAAGAAUGGACAGUUCUCUUCCUGAAGAGGAAGAAGAUGAGGACAAGGAAGCUGUUAACGGCAGUGGAGGUGCAGCGGAAAACAGAGAGCGGCAUUCUGAGUCGUCUGAUUGGAUGAAGACUGUCCCAAGUUACAACCAAACAAAUAGCUCCAUGGACUUUAGAAAUUACAUGAUGAGAGAUGAGAAUCUGGAACCACUGCCCAAAAACUGGGAAAUGGCCUACACUGACACAGGGAUGGUCUACUUCAUCGACCACAAUACCAAGACAACCACCUGGUUGGAUCCUCGUCUUUGUAAGAAAGCCAAAGCCCCUGAAGACUGUGAAGAUGGAGAACUUCCUUAUGGCUGGGAGAAAAUAGAAGAUCCUCAGUAUGGGACAUACUAUGUUGAUCACCUUAACCAGAAAACCCAGUUUGAAAAUCCAGUGGAUGAAGCCAAAAGGAAAAAGCAGUUAGGACAGGCUGAUACUGGGUCAUCAAAACCAGAUGUGGAAAAAUCACACUUUACUCGAGAUCCAUCCCAGCUUAAAGGUGUUCUUCUUCGAGCAUCGUUGAAAAAAAGCACAAUGGGAUUUGGUUUUACCAUUAUUGGUGGAGACAGGCCUGAUGAGUUCCUGCAAGUGAAAAAUGUGCUGAAGGAUGGUCCUGCAGCUCAGGAUGGGAAAAUUGCACCAGGUGAUGUUAUUGUAGACAUCAAUGGCAACUGUGUCCUUGGUCACACUCAUGCAGAUGUUGUCCAGAUGUUUCAAUUGGUACCUGUCAAUCAGUAUGUAAACCUCACUUUGUGUCGUGGUUAUCCUCUUCCUGAUGACAAUGAAGAUCCUGUUGUGGACAUUGUUGCUGCUACUCCUGUCAUUAACGGACAGUCAUUAACCAAGGGAGAGACUUGCAUGAAUACUCAGGAUUUUAAGUCAGGAGCAAUGGUUCUGGACCAGAAUGGAAAAUCAGGACACACCUUGAUUGGUGAUCGUCUCAAUGGACUAUCAGAUCCGAGUGAGCAGAGAGCAUCCAUGGCAUCAUCAGGCAGCUCCCAGCCUGAACUAGUGACUAUCCCUCUGAUUAAGGGCCCUAAAGGCUUUGGGUUUGCAAUUGCUGACAGCCCAACUGGACAGAAGGUGAAAAUGAUAUUGGAUAGUCAGUGGUGUCAAGGCCUACAGAAGGGGGAUAUAAUUAAGGAAAUUUACCAUCAGAAUGUGCAGAAUUUAACACAUCUCCAAGUGGUGGAGGUGCUAAAGCAGUUUCCAGUAGGUGCAGAUGUACCAUUGCUUAUCUUAAGAGGAGGUCCUCCUUCACCAACUAAAACUGCCAAAAUGAAAACAGAUAAAAAGGAAAAUUCAGGAAGUUUGGAGGCCAUAAAUGAGCCCAUUCCCCAGCCUAUGCCUUUUCCACCCAGCAUUAUCAGGUCAGGAUCCCCGAAACUGGAUCCUUCUGAGGUCUACCUGAAAUCUAAGACUUUGUAUGAAGAUAAACCACCAAACACCAAAGACUUGGAUGUUUUUCUUCGGAAACAGGAGUCAGGGUUUGGCUUCCGAGUGCUGGGAGGAGAUGGGCCUGACCAGCCUAUAUAUAUUGGGGCCAUCAUUCCUCUGGGUGCAGCUGAGAAGGAUGGUCGGCUCCGGGCUGCUGAUGAACUGAUGUGCAUUGAUGGGAUUCCUGUUAAAGGGAAAUCGCACAAACAAGUCUUAGACCUGAUGACCACUGCUGCUCGAAAUGGCCACGUGCUAUUAACCGUCAGAAGAAGGAUCUUCUGUGGGGAGAAACAACUUGAGGAUGACAGCUCUCAAGCCUUCAUUUCAACACAGAAUGGAUCUCCCCGCCUGAACCGAGCAGAGAUCCCCGCCAGGCCUGCUCCCCAGGAGGCCUAUGAUGUUGUCUUGCAACGAAAAGAAAAUGAAGGAUUUGGCUUUGUCAUCCUCACCUCCAAAAGCAAACCACCUCCAGGAGUUAUUCCUCAUAAAAUUGGCCGAGUCAUAGAAGGAAGUCCAGCUGAUCGCUGUGGAAAACUGAAAGUUGGAGAUCAUAUCUCUGCGGUGAACGGGCAGUCCAUUAUUGAACUGUCCCACGAUAGCAUUGUUCAGCUGAUCAAAGAUGCCGGCAUCACGGUCACACUCACGGUCGUUGCUGACGAAGAGCAUCAUGGGCCACCAUCAGGAACAAACUCAGCCAGGCAAAGCCCAGCCCUGCAGCACAGGCCCAUGGGACAGUCACAAGCCAACCACAUACCUGGGGACAGAAGUGCCCUAGAAGGUGAAAUUGGAAAAGACGUCUCCACUUCUUAUAGACAUUCCUGGUCUGACCACAAGCCCCUUGCACAGCCUGACACCGCAAUGAUUUCAGUUGUGGGCAGUCGGCACAACCAGAGCCUUGGCUGUUACCCAGUAGAGCUGGAGCGAGGCCCCCGGGGCUUUGGGUUCAGCCUGCGCGGGGGGAAGGAGUACAACAUGGGGCUCUUCAUCCUGCGUCUUGCUGAGGAGGGCCCUGCCAUCAAAGACGGCAGAAUUCACGUUGGUGACCAGAUUGUUGAAAUCAAUGGGGAACCUACACAGGGCAUCACACACACUCGAGCAAUCGAGCUCAUCCAGGCCGGUGGAAAUAAAGUUCUUCUUCUUUUGAGGCCAGGCACUGGCUUGAUACCUGACCAUGGUGAUUGGGAUAUGAAUAGUCCUUCAUCUUCAAGUGUGAUUUAUGAUGAACAGUCACCGUUUCCCCCAUCUCCACAUUCUGCUUCCAUGUUUGAAGAGUCUCAUGUGCCAGUAAUUGAAGAAUCUUUAAUGAGAGUUCAGAUUUGUGAAAAGGCAGAAGAAUUAAAGGACACUGUGCAUGAAAAGAAAAGCACUUUAAAUGAAAAGCAAUCUGAUAUAAAACAUCAGUCUCUUCUCCAGAAAAAUGUGAAUAAAAGGGACCCACCCAACAGUCUUGGGCACAGUGACAAGAGAAAUCUCUUAAAAGUAGAAACUGGUAUUCCACAAAGAGGUAGAUCUGCCAGUCCCCAAAAGUCAGCCAGUCGAUACUCAGAGGAACAUUUAGAAAAGAUACCCAGUCCUCUAAAAAAUGAGCCCAAAACAAGACCCCGAGACAGAUCAGUCAGCCCUCGGAAAGGGGAGAACAGUGGUCAGCCGGGCGCCCGGGCAGGGUCUGGACAGGAACACAGCCGGCAAGGCAGAGGACAGUCUUCAAGCCCAAAGAAGCAGCAGAAAACUGAAGGAAGCAAAGACCAGUCCAGUGCGGAAGCCAAAUUACUAGAGCUGGAGAGUCGAAGAGGAGGGGGCCGUGCUCGUGACCGUGCUGAGCGCGUCUGGGACGGGAAAGAAAAAGCCGGUGUUCUCAGGAAAGAUAUGAAGCAGAGUCAGUCUGGAAAAAAUAGAACAAGGUCUCCAGAGGAAAAGAGCAAGAGAAUGGAUGAAAAAUCUCUUCUAGCCAAAAAGACUGAUAACACUACUAGUAGAGCAGCAUCUGAAAAUGACCAAGGAAGGAAAGCAACCUCAGGAGAAACAAGUUCCAGUAAAGAUAAAAUAGGAGAAAGCGUCAAAGUAUCAGAAAAGCGGAAGCAGGAACCUGAAGAAAGAAUGGUCUUAAACAAACCAGAAGAUCACAAAGGAAAAGAACUCGAGGCAGCUGACAAAAACAGAGAGAGUGGAGGGUUCAAACCUGAAAGCGGUUCUCCAGCUAAGAAGACACCGAUAACUCCAGGGCCCUGGAAGGUGCCGAGUGCACACAGAGCCACAGGCACGACUGGUGUGGCCGAGAAACGGCUGUGACCUUUAGUAUAAAACAGAGAAAACCAAGGUGUAAUCUUUUCUUACUAAAGAGCAGCAUUUUUUUUUUAAGUCAUUUUUUCAGAAAUUCUGAAACACACAUAAAGUACAUUUUAACUUGAGCAUCAAGUUAUCGAGGCUGCAUGAGGGGCCUUUAGGAUUGCUAAGAACCACCUGUCCCCUCGGCUGGCUGCCUUCCCCUGUGCUCAGGAAGGAACUGCAUCCACGCACUCUUCUGACAUGCCCAGCCUCUCAUCUGACAUGCCCUGCUCAGGCUGCGCAGCUCGUCUUCAUGAGUGUCUGAACAAAUGACAUUUGUUGAUACUCACAAUGUGGUCACAACUCACUUUAUAUUUGUGCCAAGUUAUCUACUGUAUCAUGUCUGUUCUAUCCUUCUCACUCAGAUAUGUCCACAGUAAUGAAAAAAUUAGGUUUGGCUUGGAAGUUGAUAUUCUCAAUAGCAUGUUGCAUGUUUACAGAGAGAAAUAUUUUAGUUUUGCAGAAGAAGAGAUUGUUAACUCAUCAUUAAAGAUGGCAGUUGCCUCUUCUAACGGCUACUGAUGAAGUCCCAGUUUAAAAAUAAAACUCCAAAACAUCACUACUGUAAAGGAGAAAAUAUAGUCAAAUAUUGACACUUUCUUAUGGUUUUUUAAAUUUGGCUGGAUAAAGUAUUUUAAGUAACUGUUAUAGAUAUUACUUACAAUUGAAUGUUCAAAAUAAGAAAGUACUUUAAGCAAUUAAGAGUUCACCUCCUGCUUUGUUACCAACCCUGACGUAAUAGCGUCUCAGAUCGCCCUUUUAUUUCAGUUAUUUCAUUAUGAAACCACAAAGAAGCAUGUGGUAACACUGCUUAUUGCUGUUUGAAGAAAAACUACCAAAUUUCUGUUUCUGGAUAUUUUGCUUGUACCUACUACUAAGUCAUUAGUUGUUAAUACAUACUACAUAUUUGAAGAGUCGAAAUAUCAUACAGAUUGUGGGAGGGACUUAAUUAUAAACCCAGUUUCACAGCCCACUGCCAGAUCAAGUGCCAGCUCCUCUGGUAGCAGCUGUACAAGUUGGGUUGUUUAGAAGCGGAUCGUGUGUGAGACCUGCUCAGCGAGUACGGACAAACGGGGUGGUAGACAGUGCUUGCUAGAGCUUAUUUAAUUUUAAUUUCUAGUUACAUUAACUUAUUUUAAAACAAGAAAGGGAGACUAAACAUCGGCUUAGCUUGUACAAAUUUUCAGAGUUAUUUUUUAAAGUCUAAUUAAAGAUGUUUGUUAGAAGGUGGAGAGUUUUUUAACUCCAUAAAAUAUAUCCAGGUUUUUCAGUCCCUGAAGCAGAAGUCAGUAGCAUCUAUAAAUAAAGGAACAUUCUCAGAAUAAAGCCAUUUUAUGGAGUAUUUGAACACGCUUCUUCUUCACCCUGGGUUCAUCAUGUUAUUGUGAAACACAUUAUGUCCAACUCCUUCCCUCUCAGUCUGACUGUGAAACUCUUUACUACAACAAGUGACUCAGCCCCUGUAGAUAAGACAUGCUUCCCAAAGUGAGAUUUCUGAAAUCCCAUUUUCAUCCGGAACUAUAUUUACCCACCUACUGUAACUACUUGAAUAGAGCAAAAUUAGGAGGCUUGAUAAAUGCUAAGAAUUUAGUAUCACAGAAAUGAUUUAUUUUCCCUAUAGUCCACAAUUAGUGAUAAAACUCCUAUUUUUAUUGUUAACUGUGACAUAACUUUGAUGUCAUAUGUUGUCAGUCUGAUGUGGCUCUUUCCUUGCUAAGUAACCUGUCACUGUACUGAUUAUAUACUGACUUAGCAAUGUGGCCUUGGAAUGCUAAGCAAAAUAUGGAUGUACUUACUGG